CGACGACUCCGACACUCCGACGCCGACGCUCCGUUUCUUUUCGAACUUUUCCCCCCGGAACGGGGGGUUCUGGCGGCGUCACGCGCGUACGCACUGGCACGCACACCGGGCGAUGCAGCUCGCGACGACGACGAGGAGACGCAGCAGACCGAGACAGCGACGAAAAGAUUCCCGAGAUGUGCGCGCGGCAGUUCCGAACGUAAUGCCUGGUAGACUAUUUUUCGAGCUGCGGCAUGCGUAAAGUAAACUGACAGCAUCGUGGUUGCUGAAGAGACGAGAGCGUCGGAGAAAUAAGCUGAAUCCGAUUGGGAUAUUUAUUCUAUUCCAUUUAUUGUAUUCUAGAUUAUUUUAGAUUUUAUAUAAUUUGACUCCGAAAAUGAUGCGACGCACGAAGGACAGAUUGCAUGCCAGUUGUGUUAGUGUGUUGAGCUCAACGCCGAGAAAGAAUCUUGCCUUCGGACAGUGAGGGGAAAUGCGAGAUUAUAGAUGUCAGAGACAGGGGAGGAACGUGCUGUUAGACUGUAUACGGCUGCGGAGAUAAUGAAAAACGCCAGAGCCAAGGAAAGCGAGGAACAGGCGGCGAUGAGGAGGAUGCAGGAGGCUCAGCGGAUGGCCAGGCAUCGCGCCAAGAAGAAGCGCUGCCUGGACGAGAAUCUCGCGAGGGAGAUCUCCAAGAUCGCCGAGCUGUCCAAGAUGCCCGUUCCGGAUUCCAAUACGAUAGCCCAGAUGUCGGAGAUGAAUAUGAACAAGAUAUCCGCGGAAUUGAAGCAAAUGAUGGAGAGGGGAAAAGUACCUGAGCAUAUAGUUCAAAUGGCUCAACUGGCGGAAUUUAGUAAAAUGAAUUCUGAGUUGAACAAGAUGUCGCAGGACAUGAAGAGAUACGAGAUGGAGAAGAUGGCGGAAUACGCCAAGACGACCGAAUACAUGAAGAUGCAGGAGAUCGCCAAGAUGAACGAGAUGGUCAAGUUUUCCGAGAUGGCCAAGUAUAACGAUAAGAUCAACGAGAUGGCGAAGAUGAACGAGAUGAUAAAGAUAUCGCAGAUGGCCAAGAUCAACGAGGCGCAGAGGAUGAACGAGAUAGCGAAGCUGAACGAGAUGGUGAAGAUGACGGAGAUGGCAAAGUACAAUAACGAUAUCACGAAGCUGACCGAGUUCGCGCAGAUCAACGAGAUGGCGAAGGAGAUCGCGAAGAUGAACGAGAAGACCAAGAUGAACGAGAUGAUGAAGAUGGCGAACAUGCAGAACGACAUCGUCAAGAUGGACAGACCGGAGUACCCGGUCAAAAUGACGAACGAGAUGGUGAAGCUGAACGAGCUGGCCAAGAUGAACGAGAUUACGAUCACGAAGCUGAACGACCCGCCCAAGAUGCCAGAUAUCCCGCCGCUACCACCGCCGCCGCGCAUCCCCGAACCCGUCAUCACCGUGCCAAAUCCGAGGAAUCUGCAGAACGUGCAGACCGUGCAGGUGGCACAGGCCAGCCCGUCCAGCAUGAUCAACUACCAGAGCGUGCCCGGCCAGAACAACUACGGCAAGCUGCUGAUGAUCAUCGAGGAGCUCGGUAGGGACAUCCGUCUGUCGUACGCGGGUAGCCGCAGCGCCGCCGAGAGGCUGAAGAACGGCAUUCAGCAGGCCAGGGUCGCCGUGCGGGACUGCCUGCACGAGACGCAGCACAACGCGCAACAAUGAUCUGCCGACGCGAGCUAGGCUAGCGAUUAGACAAACUUAUAGCCUUCUGUCAUUUCGCGAGAUGUUGCUUUGUACGAAUCGCUUCAAUUCGGACUGUGGUAUUGACACAUACCGGCAUACGUGGAUCGAGCGUUUCGUUAUUGGAACAAAGCCUUGACCGCUAUCUUUUUCACUCCACAUGCGGUUUCCUUUACCUCGGUCAUCUUCUGCUCGGUCCCUGUGUCGUUCGAACAGCGGAAGAACACGUUUCCUACUUUUAAGUUGCAAUUUAGAACUAUAUAGAAAUGGGAGGGAAGGUACCACUUUGUAUACACACUACUACCUAGAGAAUAUUAGAGAGUCUUAGUUUAUAUUUUAUAAAAAGGAGAACAGGAAAAAGAGGACGGUAAUACUACGGUUUUUGUUAAGACUCGCAUACGCUCCAAACUUUUAGUAUACGUCUCGAGCGAGUGAGGGAAAAGAUAUAAAAAAAGAAGAUUACGCCAGGUAAAAGCUUUUCGAAUAUGUACCUAAUGGAAAGUAUAAUCCCGUAAAUAUAUUCCGUAAUAUAUCGUUAAAUAAAUAAAAAUUUUGUAUACAACGCGGA